CAGACGAGUCCCGGAGACCGGGCGGACGGUGCCUGCGCUUGGGAAGGAGGCGCCGGCGGCUGGGCACCAUGAACGGCAGCAGUGCCAACAUCACCUACGCAAGUCGCAAGCGGCGGAAACCCGUGCAGAAAACCGUCAAGCCAGUGCCGCCUGAAGGAAUCAAGUCGAAUCCUUCCAAGCGACACAGAGACCGACUCAACACCGAGUUGGACCGUUUGGCGAGCCUGCUGCCUUUCCCACAAGAUGUUAUUAAUAAGCUGGACAAACUUUCCGUUCUUAGGCUCAGUGUCAGUUACCUAAGAGCCAAGAGCUUCUUUGAUGUUGCAUUAAAAUCCUCCCCAGCCAGCAGAAGUGGAGUUCAGGAUAACGGUGGAACGAAAUUUGGGGGCGGCCUGAACUUUCAUGAAGGAGAAUUUUUAUUACAGGCCCUGAACGGCUUUGUGUUGGUCGUCACUACAGAUGCUGUGGUCUUCUAUGCUUCUUCUACUAUCCAAGAUUAUCUGGGGUUUCAGCAGUCCGAUGUCAUACAUCAGAGCGUGUAUGAACUGAUUCACACUGAAGACCGAGCUGAGUUCCAGCGUCAGCUACACUGGGCAUUAAACCCUUUACAGUGCACAGACUCUGGACAAAGAGUCGAUGAAGCUAAUGGCCUCCCGCAGCUGGCAGGCUGCCUUAACCCAGACCAGCUGCCCCCGGAAAACUCCGCGUUCAUGGAGAGGUGCUUCACGUGCCGCCUGCGGUGCCUGCUGGACAACUCCUCCGGCUUUCUGGCAAUGAAUUUCCAAGGGAGGUUAAAGUAUCUUCAUGGCCAGAACAAGAAAGCGAAAGAUGGAUCAGCCCUUCCCCCUCAGUUAGCUCUGUUUGCAGUAGCUACUCCACUCCAGCCACCGUCUAUACUUGAAAUCCGAACCAAAAACUUCAUCUUUAGAACAAAACACAAACUAGACUUUACACCUACUGGUGUUGAUGCCAAAGGAAAACUUAUUUUGGGCUAUACUGAAGCAGAGCUGUGCAUGAGAGGAUCCGGGUAUCAGUUCAUUCAUGCUGCUGAUAUGCUUCACUGUGCCGAGUACCACAUCCGGAUGAUUAAGACCGGGGAGAGUGGCUUGGUGGUGUUCAGGCUGCUCACCAAAGGCAAUCGGUGGACUUGGGUCCAGUCUAACGCGCGCCUGGUUUACAAAAAUGGGAGGCCCGACUACAUCAUUGCGACCCAGAGGCCGCUGACAGAUGAAGAAGGAACAGAGCAUCUAAGAAAACGCAAUAUGAAGUUGCCUUUCAUGUUUGCCACUGGAGAAGCUGUGUUGUAUGAAAUCAGUAACCCCUUUCCUACCAUGAUGGAUCCCUCACCAGAAAGGCCUAGAAAUAUUGCUAGUGGAAAAGAUUCUGUUACUGAAUCAGCUCCCCACAAGGAUUCCCUCUGGACUAGCCUUUUGCAACAAGAUAAGUCUAUCUAUCUCUCUCAUGCUGCAAGUAGCGCACCUUUGGGCAGAGAUAUCCUUAAUGACUAUACAGACAAAUGCAGUAAUUGGCAAGAUAGCAUUGCACAAAUGGGAAAUGGUAUCCUGAAACAUGAGCAAAUUGGUCAGCCUCAGGAAGUGAACAUGACACUCUCUGAAGGUCCAGUAGGGCUCGUGACAGACAAUAAAAAUAGUGAUUUGUACAGCAUUAUGAAACACCUAGGUAUUGAUUUUGAAGAUAUUAAACAUAUGCAGCAGAAUGAGGAAUUUUUCAGAACUGACUUUUCUGGUGAGGAUGACUUUCGAGACAUUGACAUAACAGAUGAAAUCCUGACGUUCGUCCAAGAUUCUUUAGAUAAGUCUACCUUCGUGUGUCCAGGCUACCAGCAGCAACCACCCACAGCUCUGAGCUCGAGCUGCAUGGUCCAGGAGCAUCUGCAGUUAGAGCAGCAGCAGCUACAGCCCCAUCCAAGGCACCCCGCCGUGGAGCAGCAGCAGCAGCAGCAGCUGUGCCAGAAAAUGAAGCACAUGCAAGUCGGUGGCAUGUUCCCAGAUUGGAGCGCUAACCAGCCCGUGCUUUUUAGUUGUCCUCAGCAAGACCAACAACAGUAUGGUGUCUUUUCAGACUUACCUGGGACCAAUCAAGAGUUUCCUUACAAAUCCGAGAUGGAGACUAUGCCUUACACACAGAACUUUAUUCCCGGUAACCAGUCUGUGUUACCGCAGCAGGGGACGCAGUUAGACUUUCCCAUGGGGAAUUUUGAACCAUCCCCAUACCCUACUACUACUUCUAAUUUAGAAGGUUUUGUCACAUGUUUACAAGUUUCAGAAAACCAAAAGCAUGGGCUACAUCCCCAGGCAAGCCUAGUUACUCCGCAGACAUGUUAUUCCGGGGCUGUGUCAAUGUACCCGUGUCAGCCGGAACCUCAGCAGUGCUGCAUGGCCCAGAUGCAGUACAACGCAGCAGUGCCGGGCCCACAGGAGUUUUUAACCAAGUUUCAAAAUGGAGUUUUAAACGAAAUCUAUCCAGCUGAACUAAGUGCUACAAAUAACACUCAGAUGGCCACACAUCUCGAGCCCCUUCAUCAUCUGUCAGAAGCCGGACCUUUCGCCAGUUUGACAUCUAGUAGAUUCCUAUAAUUCCAAGAUCGAUUUUUACCUUGGAUUUGGUUGAAAUUAGUUUGUGGAAGGUCGCAGUUACUAAAACUGUCAGUGUUGGGCAGCAGCAAGUCCACAUGGAGACACUGACGUGUGUCGUUCCCACCGUUAAUCCCAAGCCACAUUUUAGUGUUUCUCAAAGAGGAGUUAAAAACAGACCAAGCUUACAUAUUAUAUACUGCAGUCAUUCAAACAGAAAGGGUCCUGUAACAGACUGCUGAGAAUUGCCACCUACAUUUCACAUUCUGAGUGCCACAAACUAAACAAAAUUUAUUCAGGGGCAUGUUAAGAAAAUGUUCUCUGUUGAAAUUGUUUCUGUCAGAAUAAAAAAAUGCUUUGAGUUUUGCACUUCUGACUCCUUAGUUCUCUAAACUAAGUUAUUACCCAUAGUUACCAAACUAAACUAUUGCCCACAUUUUUUCCCCCCUGAUAAGAUAAGUGGUUUGGUGGUCUGCUUUUUUUGUUUAAUCCUCACCCAAGGAUAUUGUUUAUUGAUCUUCGAGAGAGUGAAAUGUCAAUUGGUUGCCUCCCAUACAUGCUCUGGGGAUGGAACCCCCAAGUGAGGUGUGUGCCCUGACUGGGAAUCGAACCUGCAGCCUUUUGGUGCACAGAACAGCACUCCAACCAAGUGACCCAGCCAGGGCGGUUUGGUGCUUUUGUAGAAAGAUAAUCUCAAUGAUUUCCUUCUUUAUUGUUAAGUGCCUCACAACUUUUUCUUGCUAUAACACUGUAAGAUGUACACUUUAUAUAAAACACUUUUAAAAAAAUUAACAUUCUACACACAAGUAUUAUUUACAUUUCUUAAAUUCAGUCAUUUUUAUUAAUCCAGGCAUAUUUUUAACUGCACUACUCACCCACUUUCUUCAGGUAAAAAACAGUGAUUGAAAAGAUUAUUAUAUAAUCUAAUUUCUAGACUUUAAGUGUUGCUAUGUGCCUUACAUUGAAAAAAUUUAAAAGUACAGUGUCUUCAAAUUAUUUCUUGAUCAUUAUGUAAACAUUGAGACAGCGGCACUAAAAUUUCAACAGUGUGUUCACAGGAAAGAGAUACACCACCGUUUACCUCCACUAAAACCUCCACUGUGGUAGUUGAACGUUGUAGUAAUGAAGAAUCUGCUGUUAUGAAGACAACCACGUUUAUUGAUCUGCAAUGAAGAGGAGUUUUGUUUCUGGGUCAUUCAUUAAAUUAAAGCAAACCACCCAUUUCACUGUGUAAAAAUUUUUUACAAACUGUUUUAGAUCUGUAAUCUUUUAAGGUAUGUUGACUUUAUAAAUUUCACUUCUUAGCCCAGUGGAAACUAUUUGUUUUUCUCACAUUUGAGAAGCAGUAAGACUGAAUAUAGCGAUGUUUGGUGCAGAGUAUUGUUGUAAGUGAACAAAUGGUGCAUUGUAUGCUUAAUAAUGAACAAAAUUAUUUGUAAAAUAUCUUGAAUUUUUCAUUUUAAAAAUAGUCGAUAUAUUUUAUAUGCACAUAAAUUGUCUGGGUUUUACAUAUUUUAUCAGUCUUAAGAAAUCAAAUAGUGAAAGCAACUGCUUUUAGGUUGGUAUUAAGAAAAAGAUAGGGGUGAUUAAUUUCAAACAUGAGGUUGUUUCUAUGCUAGAAUGACUUUAAUUAUCAGUAAGACAAAUUAAUCACCCUACUAACUACUGUCCUCCGGUGAUUUAAAAGAAGUGCCACCAUCUGCCAAUCUCUCGCUCAGCUGUGAUGUCUGAAGAGCACCAGGCGCGUUUGCAUGUAUUAUACAAACACACGAUGGGCUCCGAAACUGAGAUGUAGUGCUGAAAUACAUUUUCCUUUUUUUAAGUAAGUUAUUGUAUAUAAAAGUGGCUUCAGACUAUAUGUAUGUCUGUUUUAUGCAUUUUCAGUCAAAAUUUUGAAUCUGUAAAGUCAAUGUCAGUGUUGAAAAUAAUACAUUUGUCUAAAACAUUUCAUAAUUUGUUCCCAGCAUGAGGUAUCACUGAAGAUUUAGACCCAUGGUCUAGAUUAAUUCCAUUUUUACAUUUAAACUUGAAUUAAAAGUCUUCCUCUGACAUUUUUGUUAGUCUUCCCCUGUGUCAUUGGAUAAAGUGCUUAGUGGAAAAUAGGCUUUUUAAGUUGUGACUAUGGCGACAAUCAGUUAUAGACUUAUAAAAUAAAAAAUUAAAGCAAUAUUGUAUAUUUUUAUCUCUAUAACAUAACUAAAGCUUACCUACGAAUAAUAAAAUCACAUUAAGCCAAAUAUACCUUUGUCUGCAUUGCUGAGCGUACCAAAACAAAGAGGGAAAGCUUUGCUUACUUCUGUGUGGAGGGAAUCAUUUUUAGAUGGUGUGCACUUCUGAGGACCUGGAUGUGUCUAAUUCACACUCUUCCUGUCCCAGGUUGUCCUCGCGGUACCUGCAGAUGGACUGGUGUUCUGAUGUAUUAUAAAGCUUUCAAUCACUACUAUGUGCAAACCUAGUGUUUUUCAGUAUUACUAAACUUUAGAUGUUUUCAUACCUUUUCUAGAUAUUUUCAUACCUUUUCUCUUUCCUUCAAAAUGUUACUGCUUUACAUAUGCCAUGCAUACAUUUUUGUUUAAAAUACAAUUUAAAAUACCCUAUUAUCAAACAGUUGUAUACAGUAAUAUAUAUGAUAAUAAAAUAAUCACCAAUA